AAUUGAUCUAUUUCUUCACCAUUAAUCCUAACCCUUCUGCGUUACAAUUUUCAUCUGACAAUGGUUUUUCCAGAGGCUGAGCUCCCUGUAAUAGAUAUUUCUGUUCUUCAAUCAGAGUUAAAAGAAGGUGAUCCUGAUCUUCAGAGGCUGUGCAAUCAAGUAAAAGAAGCUGCCCAACAGUGGGGAGCUUUUCGUGUGGUGAAUCAUGGAGUCGAACAGGAGCUUCUAAACACUGUGGAUUCAGUUUCUCGAGGUCUUUUCAGUCUUCCACCCCAAGUAAAAGAAAGAGCCGUUUGUCUUCCAUUUGAUGGGUAUUUGAAGGGCGUUGGUCUUUCAUCUGGCGAGGCCAUAUGUUUCCCAGCAGUACUGGCUUCUGAUUCGAUUCAGCAAUAUGCACAAAAGCUAUGGCCCCAAGGAAAUCCUGAAUUUUGUGAUAGCCUAAGAACAUACAGUUCCAAGUUAGCUGAUCUAACAAAUUCCCUAAUAAAACUUAUCCUUGAAGAUUUGGGUGUGAUGACAAUUCUAUAUAAUGACCAAGUGGCUGGUCUUGAAAUGCGCUCUAAACAAGGUGAAUGGUUCACUGUAAAACCUCUUGCUGGAUCAUUCACUGUCAUCAUAGCCAGCGCUCUAAAGAUAUGGAGCAAUGAUAGAUGUUGGAGUGUGGAGCAUCGUGUAGCAUAUGAGGGGAAGGAGCCUCAUCUUUCUAUCGGUUUCUUCUGGAAUUUUUUGAAGGAAAAAGAGGUGCGUGUACCAGAGGAGCUCAUAGAUGAACACUAUCCACAUCGUUAUAAACCCUUUCUUUUCAAAGACUAUAGAAAUGCUCGAGUCCAAGAAGCUCCUCUUGACAUUUUUAUUUAGAAUUUAGUGAUUUUAAAAAAAAAAUUAAAAAUUAAAAAAAAAAAAAAGAAAAAAAAAAAGAAGAUAAAUAUCAUUUUUAAGUAUGAAUGGAAUGUAAAUUUGUUGUUGAUUUCUUGUUGAGCUAUAUAAUAUUUAGUAAUAGGUGUCACGUAGUGGUAUAGUAUUUAUUUUUGAAAUAUUAUAAUGUUAAAAUUCGUAUUUAUCUUACAAUGUUGUAUAUUUAGAAAGAGAAUGAUAUCAAUGAAUAAACUACUAGCUAUCAAUGAGAAAGUGCUUGCUUAGUGUAGUGCCCA